UGUCACAUGUGUUUUGCAUCUGCGCAAGGUUCUGGAAAAUUUUGCCGGGUCGUCUGCUCUCUUUUUCAUUCCUUCCUAAUCGCCCGCGUUGUGAAGUCCGUGUAUCUCGUGUUCACGAUUUUCGUGCAUUGGUGAAAGUGAACUUUUUUUUGUUAGUGAAAAUCUACCGUCUGUGAUUCGCGUUACGGAUUUGUGUUCCCCGAAAAUGUCGGCCAACUCAGUGCUUUUGGAUUUCUCGCUUGACCCGACUCGCAUCAACGAUGAACUGUCCCGCAAAGACGUGGUCAAGUUGUGCAAGGAGCACUUGGAAAAGUUCAUUUCCGGGCUGAAGAUUACCUACGACAUGCUGACAGACGAUGGCUAUCUGUGCAUCCUGAAUGCCCCCGGGGCAAUCAUUACGACGAUCCGCUUCUUCAACCAAGGCCUCAUUACCAUCAACAUCGAGUACUACCGUGCCGAUUGUGAAGCGCCAAAAAUUUCCUUCGAACAAAUCAAAUCGCUAGAGAAUAAUUUGCGUCUAAAGUUAGAGGCAAAGCGCUCCAAGCAUCUCCCACCGAUAAAAAGAGGCAGUAGUAUUGACGUAUACCUUACGAGCUCAGACGAACGUGUCAUCGAAUACGACAUCGACAAGGUGCUGUACGACAAGCGUUCGGAAUUCCAGAAGAUUCAAAUCGUACACUCCAAGAGCCUCGGUCAUAUGCUAGUUCUGGAUGAACUUCAAAACAUAGCUGAGGCCGACCUGAUCUACACGGAAACAUUGAUGCGCCGAGGUAUAGAAAACUACAAGGGUAAGGAAAUCUGCAUUCUCGGUGGCGGAGAUGGAGCCUUGCUGUAUGAGCUCCUGAAGGAAGAUCCCAAGCACGUGGUGAUGCUGGAGAUUGACGAGCUCGUUAUGCAAGCGUGUAACAAAUACAUGAACUCCAUUUGCGGCGACGUGCUGGAAAAACGCAAGAGUGACAAUUAUGAAAUCGUCGUUGGUGAUUGCAUGGUGUAUUUGAACAAAUACAUCAAAGAGGAACGUAAAUUCGACUACGUCUUCGGUGAUCUUACGGAUAUCCCGAUUUCGGACACCCCAACUGGUGAGAUCUGGGAUUUCAUUCGAGUUAUUCUCGAAUCGUCGUUCAAGGUUCUCAAGCCAGGUGGCAAAUUUAUGACCCAUGGUAAUGGAGUAAGCUGUCCGGAAUCUCUAGAGAUGUACGAACAACAAUUGAAAAAUCUGUCACCAAAGGUAAACUUUACUAAGUGUAGCGCAUUUGUGCCAUCCUUCAUGGAAGAAUGGGUAUUCUAUCAAGUAAAGUGUGCGACGGCAGCCGCAGCCGACGUUUGACUUCCAUACCAAGACCAGGCGAAUGGAUUCGAAGCUCAAAUCGUCUUUCGGAAACUCCUUGGAUUAUCCUACUGUCAAUGGUGCAGUAGACCUACUUCAGUAGCGAAUAUAGAACAUCCACUUCUUCCAGUCUC